CUCUCAAGAUCAAUGAGCAAAGAGCUUUCUCUCAGUUCUGUCUUUCAGUUUCUCUCUUCCAGGAAGGAAAACAUUCACGGAGAGGGGGAGAGAGCGAGAAAACCAGCCUCACCCUUCAGAUCUCAAAGCAUAACACCGGCAAAUUAAAACAAACAUAUUCACCCCUUCCUUCAAAGGAUAAAAAAACCAGCAACCAAACAUCACAACAAAACUAUGCAGGCUGCCUCUCCUAGGGGCAGAUCUGCAGGAUCUUUGGGGUUAUUUGGAAAGAUGGUUGGAGUAACUUCUCCUUAAAUGAUUACGUCUGUCUGUGAAGGAUUUCUGGGUUAGGGAGAGGAAAGGAAAGUGGAAAAAAACGGAGAACUUCCUGAUCUCUCUCUCUCCUUCCCCCCCUUUCUGUGAGACAUGUCUGAGGCUCCUGCUCAGUGUUGCAUCAAGCAGGAAAGAAUUUCCUACACACCUCCAGCGAGCCCAGUAGUGAACUACCCUUCCUCAUCACCACUACAUGUCCCAGUGCCUCGAGCGAUCAGGAUGGAGGAAGACGCGAUCAGACUGCCGGCACACCUGCGCUUGCAGCCAGUUUACUGGAGCAGGGAUGAUGUGGCCCAGUGGCUCAAGUGGGCAGAGAAGGAGUUUUCCCUGAGGCCGAUUGACAGCAACACUUUUGAGAUGAAUGGCAAAGCACUCCUGCUCCUGACCAAAGAGGACUUUCGAUACAGGUCUCCUCAUUCAGGUGACGUGCUGUAUGAACUCCUUCAGCAUAUCCUGAAGCAAAGGAAAGCUCGCAUGCUAUUUUCACCUUUCUUCCACCCUGGGAACUCUAUCCAUGCUCAGCCAGAGGUCAUAUUACACCAGAACCACGAUGAAGACAACUUUGUCCAGAGACCUUCAAGACCAUCAGCAGAAACAGUCCAUCACAACCCCCCCACCAUUGAACUGUUGCAUCGUUCUAGAUCGCCUAUCACCACCAAUCACCGGCCGUCACCAGACCCUGAGCAGCGGUCGCUGAAGUCCCCAUUGGACAACACUAUCCGCCGCCUCUCCCCAGCUGAUAGAGUCCCAGGGACAAGGCAUCACCAAGAGAACAACCAUCAAGAGCCCUACCCUCUCUCAGUGUCUCCUAUAGAGAACAACCACUGCCCGCCUCCUCCUGAAGUACUUCAGAAGCCUUCCAGCCCCCGCCAAGAGAACACCAGGGUCAUCCAGCUGAUGCCCAGCCCCAUCAUGCACCCUUUGAUACUAAACCCCAGGCACUCUGUAGAAUUCAAACCAUCACGGUUGUCUGAGGAUGGGCUACACAGGGAGGUAAAGCCUAUCAAUUUGUCCCACCGGGAAGAGUUAGCAUACAUGAACCACAUCAUGGUGUCUGUCUCCCCUCCUGAGGAGCAUGCAAUGCCAAUUGGAAGGAUAGCAGACUGCAGGCUGCUUUGGGAUUACGUCUAUCAGCUGCUUUCUGACAGCCGGUACGAAAACUUCAUCCGAUGGGAGGACAAGGAAUCCAAAAUAUUUCGGAUAGUGGAUCCCAACGGGCUGGCCCGGCUGUGGGGAAACCACAAGAACAGAACAAAUAUGACUUAUGAGAAAAUGUCCAGAGCCCUACGCCACUACUACAAACUAAAUAUCAUCCGGAAGGAGCCAGGACAAAGGCUUUUGUUCAGGUUCAUGAAGACCCCAGAUGAGAUUAUGAGUGGCCGAACAGACCGCCUUGAACACCUUGAGUCCCAGGAACUGGAUGAACAAAUAUAUCAAGAGGAGGAGUGCUGAAGGAACCAACACACACCACCUCCAUGGGAGACAUGUCUGCCUGGAUGGCUGGAGGAGUUUGGGAGGGGGAACAAGAACACAGGAGGAGAAUAUGGGGUCAGCGCUUACCUUGAAGACCACGCAGGACCCAAAGCACCUUAGUAAAAAUAAAAACUGGCAGAGGUGGUGGCGGCAGCAAGGCGGAGGAGAGAGAGCCUGGACUCAUGCACUACUCCGUUGCCCCUGACGAGUCUCCCUUGACUUGUUUUUAUUUUCCUUCUGUUAGUUUGUUUCAUUCUUUCCUAAUAAAUAUGCAGUUUGACUUUUCUUAAUUCAUAUAGGACAAGACACCAGGUUUUACUUUUUAAGAAGGCUUUCCCAUGGAAAUAAAUGGCGCGCUAUUAUUUUCUGUGCAAGUCUCACAACAUAACGUGGUAUCAAAACUAUGGUGACCAUGGCACAGAAGGGGUCACCCUGCUGGUUCCGUUUGCCGAGAUCACAUUUGCUCAUGUUGGCCCAAGGAAGGUCUCAAGCUACCAAGAAAAUUUACAUAUAUCCACACACCCACCUGCUAAUUGAAGGGGGAAAAAAAAAAGUCAUCUUUUGCUACAAGCCUGGGACACCUUACCAGCGUAUGUUGGGCUGGUAAUGGGCUGCUAUUAACUGCUGGCACAUGGACCAAAUCAUCCAAGUGCUGGGUGGGGGGGCAGGAAAACAAGAAAAACCUGAGACAGAGCGAAAGCCAGCAUCCGUCUAUUGUGUUUUGUCUCUAGCAAAGAAGAUUUUGAAUAGAAGUGACAAACACUGUGGACUUUCUGGUCCAAGUCUUCUAUCAAAAAGCAAGGGUUGAAGUAUUUGUGAUUACAAGUUGUUGCGAUUUCCACAGCAGCUAGCAGUUUUUGGGGUAGAGGUGAAGGGCUGUUUUUACAUCUUAAGGGGAAGGAAAAAGAUGAAGAUACAAUUGCUUAUAAUACUCAGGCGCCUCCCCAGGACAGCUGGCACUGCUGGAGAGAAAGUGAAAUCAGAAGCAUGAAGAUAUGUGGUAGACAACCAGAGACCAAAUAGCUAUACUGGUAUCCUGAAACUGGUUAUUUGAUGCCUCCCACUUCCUACCCCACUCCUCCCAAAGGCAGCUCUACCAGCCAGAGAUCACUUCUCAGCUUACCCAUUUUUAGCAUUGUUUAUUUAAAAAAAAAAAAAACAACCUCAUUGCAUUCUUGUCCUUUUAAUUUUAAGAUAUUCUGGUUUUGGCAGUCCCAGUUUGGUGUGCAGUCUUUAGGGCAAGAGCAGCUUUGACUGCUGCCUACUACUGGUGGAACAGAGAACCUUGCCUAGAUUGCUGGCAAGGAAGGGCUCAGCAGGAGCAAUGGUCCUUUCAACGGUAUGGACUUUUAUGUUGGAGACUGGAAAAACUAUUUCCCUUUGUAAUCGUACAUUGGUUGGUCCCUGCAGAGAUGAGAAUCAGUGGUUUCAGGACAAGUGAUGGACCCAUCAUCAGCCAUCCCUUGAUAGUCAAGGAAAAAAUCUAGCCGCAAAAUAUGCAUUUGGGAAAGGAGAAGAUCAAGUAAUAUUUCGACAAGGAGAUUGGAGUUUCUCUGCACAGGCAUCAUGUGAUGUCCAAAGGAAAGGAAGCCUGUGUCUGUUCAUUAAUAAAAUCCCUUUUGUAGAUCAUAGGAGUCUGAAAUGGAAGAAAUCAAGGGAUCAUUAAAUCUAUCUUACCAAAAAGCCCAGAUACAACACCUGAUCUUAACCAAAUAUUGAACAGGAAUGUUGCUAUCCAGAAAGCUUUCCAUUUGGUUAGGUGUGGUACCCUGUAUAUUUAAGUAACUGCAGUCCAGUUUCACUGCAAGGUGCACUGAGUCACGUAUGGCAGAGUGAAGGGGUUUUUAAAUGGGCAUAGAGUGCCACAUCCUGGAAUGAGAACAAACCCUUCCCAGUUGGUUUCACAUGAAGAAAGACUGGCAAUACAUCUUCCCCUCAAGCUUUAUCCAGCCACAUAAUGAACUGUUUUUUUCCAUACUCUUAGUGGAUGUGCUUACAGAUUGCAACACGCUGGGUAUUUGACUUUUUCCUGCAUCAAAGAACAGCAGCAGCAAAUAUCAGCAAAAGAGAAGAUCACCACCCCAUCAGUCCUUGAGGUGGCUCUGAAACCCUUGAAUACGCAAAGGGUCAGAGGGGGAGGUGCUGAGAAAUUCUGGCUUUGUGGCCAUGGACCUGAAACUGAAGGGAGAGGGAGCUGUUUUUGUUUGAUUUUAGCUAAAAAACGUGACCCUGUUCAAGGAGACAAGUGGCAGUCCCUUCUCAGGAGCUCAGGCUUGUGCUUAGGUUAUGAGGGCAAAUACCCUCUGGCUUUAGCCAUAGCACACAGAGCUGGCAAACAUCUAACCAAGAAAACGCAAGACAAAAAAAAAGGGGGGGGGGGG